AUGGCGGCCUCUGCAAAGAUCGCCACGGAGUUUCUCAAGGAUCCACUGAUCUGGUUAUUCCUCGCCUCGCUGGCUUUCGUCAUUCUGCAGAGUCGGCGGCUGGGCAGCGCGCCAUUUCCUCCGGGUCCGAAGCCGCUGCCAGUCAUCGGCAACAUGACGUUAGUGGACCCGCUGACCCACCGCGGCCUAGCGGCGCUAGCGAAGCAGUAUGGCGGGCUGCUGCACCUUCGCCUCGGCAGGCUCCACGUCUUCGCGGUGUCGACGCCAGAGUACGCGCGCGAGGUGCUGCACGUGCAGGACGCCGCCUUCUCGAACCGCCCGGCCACCAUCGCCGUCGUCUACCUCACCUACGGCCGCUCCGACAUGGCGUUCGCGCACAACGGCGCCUACUGGCGCCAGAUGCGCAAGCUCUGCGUCACCAAGAUCUUCAGCCGACGCCGCGCCGAGACGUGGCUCGCCCUGCGAGACGGGUACGGGGCGCUCGCCCGCGCCGUCGGCAGGCGCAGCGGCGAGGCCGUCAACCUCGGCGAGCUCAUCUUCAACCUCACCGUCAGUGUCAUCUUCCGCGCCGCCUUCAGCACACGCGACGAGGAUGGGCUGGAUGAGUUCAUCGCCAUUCUCCAGGAGUUCUCCAGCCUCCUAGGAUUGUUCCACAUCGGUGACUUCUUCCCGUGGCUCGGCUGGGUGGGCCGGCGGGGCUUCAACCGCCGCCUCCGCACGGCGCGCGGCGCUCUCGACAAGUUUAUCGACAGGAUCAUCGACGAGCACAUGAGGAGGGGAAAGAACGCCGCCGACCCCGACGCUGACUUGGUAGACGGCCUGCUCGCGUUCCUCACCGAGGCAAACCCAAUCAGCGGGAAGCACAGAGAGGACGCCCUCCGCUUCACCCGCGAUAACGUCAAGGCCAUGAUUAUGGUACGUAACUGGUACUGUAUUUAGCAUCUUACAGUCUUUACUCUUUACUGUAUCCAUGGCGGUGUGCUCCACACUAGCUGGCUCUACCGACGGACGGCUUGAUCUGCAGAGUAUGACCA